AUGAAGUCAACCCUACUCUCAAGACCUGUGGAUGAUCCACGACCUAAAGAUGACCCCAGAAUCGGACUAUCAUCUAAGCUUCUAGCAAAGCCUUACUAUCUACCCAACCUACAGGGGCCCUAUAAGCACUGGCCUGACAAGGUCAACCCGAAUUACUAUCAUCUGAAAGUGGCCCUUGAUGCCCGUAUCAAGGAGCUGUAUCCUCCUGCAAGAGCAGUGGCCCUGAUUAAGGGUGAUUAUGGCCUCCUGUCAUCAUUAUGGUGGCCUCGUGCUAGCCUGGACAGACUUCGAACUUGCACAUUCUGGUUCCUCUGGCUCUUCACCUGGGACGAUGAAAUUGACCAGUCUACUUCGGAACUAUUCAUCAACCUCCCCAAUGCCAACCAGUUCAGAGACGAGUCGUACCACUUCGUGCGCUAUGCCCUUGGUGUUGGGAACGAAGAGACUGACAAGUGGGAUUUUGAUAACAACAAGCCCAACCGACCUCUGAUCCGAAGUUUGGACGUCAUCGGUGCAGAGCUUCAGAAGGUGUACAACAAAGACCAGAUUAUGGUUUUCGUGGACGAGAUUUACUACUACAUGGACUGCCAGCAACGCGAACAGGGCCGAAAGCUGACCGGCGUCAUUCCCACUCCUGAGCAAUACUGGGAGACCCGACUUGGAACAAGCGCCGUCACCUCCAUGCUUGCAUUAAAUGAAUUUGCCGAUGGGCAGAAUAUCCCCCGCUGGAUCAUGACCCACAGCAAGAUGAUGGACAUCUGGCGCGAGGUCAACCUGAACAUGUCCCUGUCGAAUGACAUGAUUUCGCUAAAGAAGGAGAUCAAGCACGGCGAUAUCGACAGUAUCGUCCCGGUGUUGGUCUACAACAAGGGAUUCACCGUCCAAGAAGCCAUCGCGGAUACUUGCCAUGAGCUCCAGAAAAACAUUGAUCGUCACGACGAGUCAGCUCGGGACUUGCUGGCGAUUGUUAAGGAGAAGCAGCCGGAUGUCUUGGCCGAUGUCGAGUAUUACAUCGAGGGGUGCCGGCACAACCAGACGGCCAAUCUUCUUUGGAGUCUUGUGACUACUCGCUACGGCCUUGGGGACGUUCCCCGCGAUGAGGACGGAGGCAUGACCAUCCAGGUAGUGUAG